UCUUCUGCUAAAUUAGAUGUUACUUUAAUGGUUUGUCUUCUACGGAAUUUACCACCAAUGGUUGCUCCACCAACCCCGAAUGGAUUUGAUGCCUUACCACUAUCUAGUGACGUGUCUAAUGGUGCUCACAUAGCUCGAAUAAAAUAUUAUAAAAAUUUCAUUGUUUCGCAUUCAAAGGAUGGAAAACUAUCCGAUGCUGAUUUCAACAAAAUAUGGAUUGAUAUGGAUGUGGCCAUUAAUGGUUUAGGAAACCAACAAGAUAUAACAGAUGCGGCAGAUGCCAAAACUAAAGUUUUAGACUUUAAAGCUAUUAUGGAACACUUGGAUAUUAGGAUGGAAAUUAAGCGAAAUCGUAAACGAUCUUUGGAGCAUUCAGGAAAAAUAGUCGAGCACGCCAGCAAAAUAGCAAAACUUGAAACAACUGUUGAAAAUUUGAACAUUGGCCAUGGCAAAGUUGAGCAAUCAAGUGCAGACAAUGCUAGCAAUAUAGCAAUACUAGAAACAACAGUGGAAUACAUUGAACAAGAAGUAAAGUCAGUAAGGAUAGACGUCGAUGUCAAUGGUCCAAAAGGUGACUUUAUGGAAUUUAAAGACAAACUCAUACAUUCAACAAUGCUUGACAAAGAGGUUUUGGAUAACCUAAUUUCUAAAUGCGUUCUGACACUAGAUGACAGAGAAGAAAUUGUUAACUGUGAUAACCAAUCAUCUCGUAACAAAAAGCUCUUAAAAUUACUCAUCAAUCGACCAUACCACACACUCGGUAUACUCGUUGAAGCAAUGAAAGAGUCUGAGCAAAAGAGCCACACUUUACUGCUUUCCAAAAUGGAGGCCAAGGUCGAAGACAAUGUUAUGACAUUACAAAAUGAACCACUCAUAGAUGGCUUAUCAGAUACAGAGAAACAAAUCGUUAAAGUAAUCAAGUGUUAUAACACAAUAGUCCAUAACAUUGACAUUGAAAAAACUGGAAUUCUAUACAAACUCCAUGAUAUUUUAAGUGAGGAAGAGAAUACAGAAAUGACACCAAUGGAUGUUUCUGUGGAAGACAGAAAUAGAGGAAUUUUAGGAAAAAUCAUUGGACACAAUACUUCAUCUGCCUACAAAAUCUUCCUUGAAGUUCUUAAAGAAGAUAGCUGUUAUAAUGAAUAUGCUACAAAAAUAGAGGAAACAGAUGUCACACAAUUUGACCUCCAGUUACUAAGUAUUGGAAAACAAUGGAGGGAAGGAAAGAUAAUUGAAAAAGAAAGAAAAAGAAGAAAAGAAAAUGGAAUGACUGAUUUGAUGAUUGAUAAAGUAGAAACAUGGAAAAGGGAUGACAGUCUUUAUAUCGAAACUAGAGCGUCUAAUUAUGUUUUAAACUGUGUCAAUAAACACUCAUGUGUAAGUGUAAUAGGACCGUCCGGUUGUGGGAAAACGGCUCUUGUUCGACAUGUUUCUCUCCAAAUGGAACAAAAUGGAUACACUAUAUUAACUGUGAUCGACGCGAGAGAUAUAACAGAUAAGUAUAAAUCUGGCAGAAAAACAUUGUACAUUGUUGAUGACAUAUGUGGAAAUUUUACUGCCAACCAAACUCGGUUAGAAGAAUGGAAAAAAUCAAUGGUUGACUUAAGGAGUAUUUUAGAAUUUGGUAAUUGUAAGUUGAUUUUAACUUGCAGACUUCAAGUUUUUCAAGAUAAGGGGUUUGAAAAUUUAGAUAUUUUCAAAACAUGUGAAUGUAACUUAAUUUCUAAAGAUUUAGCUUUAACAAUUAUUGAAAAAGAGACCAUGACAGCACAGUACUUUGGGGAACAUGCUUCAGAAGGAUUGAAACACUUAGGGGAAUAUGAUUUUCUCCCCCUUUUAUGUAAAUUUUAUUAUGUAGAGAAAGACAAUCCACAAUUUAAACUAGACAUGUUUUUCAAUGAUCCUUUUUCCUUUUACAAAUAUGAUUUGACUCAUAUGUACAACGAUUGUAAAGAAGGUAAGUACAAAUACUGCGCUCUACUAUUGUUAGUUAUCUUCAACAACGGGUUAAAAGAGAAGAACAUUACAGGUAAGGAUCCUAAAGUUUUGGAGAUUAUAGAAGAUCUCAUAGAGGUAUGCGACAUAGAGGAAAAUAUUACAGGUAGAAAACUAAAGAACCAGAUUGACAUUCUGAUAGGAACAUUUGUGACUUAUGAUGAAGGCACAUACCAAACAAUCCAUGACAAGCUGUUUGAUUUCCUAGCUUUUUUUUUUGGAACGCAACAUCAAAUUAUAAACAUAUUGAUAAAACAUGCCGAAGACAGAUUUAUUCGUGAGCGAUUUGUUUUUAAAGAUUACAAUGAAAGUACACAUUAUUCUAUACCUAUUUCUGAUUUCAAAUUGCAAUUAAUGUACAUGAAAAGAGUAUUUGACGAUAUUAUAGGUUCAAGUAAAGUGAAUACAAACAUAGUAGAAAAUGAAAAUUUUAAAAAUGUAAAAUUCCGCACUAUGAUACUUGAUUUCAUGAAAAAUCUUUCCAAACAUGAAAUAACUAUCAUCAUGAAGAAAGCAAACACUAAUUUUCUCAAUACCAUGUUUGUCCUGAGACAGAAUGAUAUACAAGACAGAGGUAAAGAUAUGUCUUAUGAAUAUAAAUGUUUUGGUAUCAUUUUACCCGAUGAUAUGAUACAGCAAUACAUUGAGAAAUGGUUUGAUGCUUUGACAAUAACUAUUUCCACAGAGGCAUUUUUGGGGGAGAACAGGCUUGUCAAAUGUGGGAAAUUUCAAACCGCCUUGAAUUCCUACAUAAGACAAAUAAACGUCGCUUCUAUCAUUCAGACUGGAAGUUCAGAUUUCCUCAAUACAAUGUUUGUCAUAACAGAAAAUGGUUCUCAAGAUAUGACUCAGAAACAAAAUGCACGUUUUGGUAUUGAUAUUCCAGAGGAUUUGUUACAGCACUACAUUGCCAGAUGGUUUGACGAUUUGACAAAACAUGUCGGGAGGAUGAUAGUAAGGAGAAAUCAUGGUAUGAGUUACUUGCAUUCAGGUAAGCAUAAAACAUUGAUGCUUGACGAAUUCAUGAACAAGAAUAGACCAUUGACGAAUCCUACAUUUCGUAUUGCCCUACGCACUUACAUGAGGCAGCUAACUACAGUCAAAAUUGCGUCACUCAUUCAUACCGCAGAGGACGCUUUCCUUAAUACAAUGUUUGUCAUGACAGAGAAUGACAUUAACGACAAAGCUGAGAGCCGAUAUGAAUGGUUCGGUAUUGUUAUUCCUGAUGAAAUUUUACAACAAUACAUUGAAAAAUAUUUUCAUCGCCUGACAAACGAAUAUAGCGUGGUGACAGAUAUACAUAAAAAUAGAGCAUUGAGAAAUAUAAAAGUUCACACUGCCUUACGAACGCACAUGAAACAACUUACAAGAGAGGAAAUCGCUUUACUUAUUCAGAAUUCCGUGCAUAUAUUUUUCAAUAUAAUGUUUGUUAUGACAGAGAAGGAUAUACAAAAUAGUGAACAAAGCCAAUUUGCAUGUUUUGGUAUUGUUAUUCCGGAUGAUCUGUUACAGCAAUACAUUCAAAGGUGGUUUGAUGAGUUGACCAAAACGCAUACAGUAGAGGCUGCCAUAAGUCAAAAUAGACCAUUGGUUAGUGACAAAUUUCUAAGUUCUGUACGUACUCACUUGAGACAACUUACCAUAGAAAACAUCGCUUUAAUCAUUCAAACUACAAAGGCAGAUUUUAUUGAUAAAUUGUUUGUGAUGACCGAAGCGGAUAACCGAGACAACGCUGCAAACCGAUAUGAAUGUUUUGGAAUUGUCAUUCCAGAUGAACUGUUACAGCCAUAUAUUGAGAAGUGGUUUAAUUAUUUAAUCAAAACGUUUUUUGUAGUGUCAGCAAUAUCUAAAAAUAGACCACUAAGUAAUGUUAAAUUUCGCAGGGCUGUGCGUACACACAUGAAGCAACUAACCACAAAAAGCAUCGCUUCAAUCAUUCAGACAUCAUAUGAGGAUUUUAUCAAUACAAUGUUUGUCAUGUCAGAUGAGGACAUCAAAGACAACGCUGAGAACCAACAUGAAUGUUUUGGUAUCAUUAUUCCUAAUGAUCUAUUACAGCAAUACAUUCAGCGAUGGUUUAAUGUGUUGAAAAAAACACAGUGUGUAGCAACUGCCAUAGAGAAAAGUAGACCAAUGAUGAAUGUUACAUUUCGCAGAGCUGUAUGUUCCUAUAUGACACUACUAACCACAGAAAACAUCGUUUCGAUCAUCGAAAAUACAAACGAGGAUUUUAUUAAUAAAAUGUUUGUUAUGACAGAGGAUAACAUCAAAGACGACGCUGAAAACAAAUACCAAUGUUGUGGUAUUGUAAUUCCUGAUGAUUUGGUACAUCAAUACAUUGAGAGGUGGUUUUAUGAUUUGACCAAAUCGCAGUUUGUAGAGACCACCAUAGUAAAGAAUAGACCGUUAAGUAAUGUUAAAUUUCGUAAUGAUGUACGUACCUUCAUGAGCCAACUUGCCACAGAAAACAUCGCUUCAAUCAUUCAGAAUACACAUGAGGAUUUCCUGAAUUUAAUGUUUGUCAUGGCAGAGGAUGACAUCAAAGAAAACGAUGAGAAUCGAUAUAACUGCUUUGGUAUUGUUAUUCCUGUUGAUAGGAUACAGCAAUACAUCCAGAGGUGGUUCAAUUAUUUGACCAACACGGAUUCGGUAGAGGACAUGAUAGAUCGAAAUAGACCAUUGUUGAACGUUACGUUUCGUUGUGCUUUACGUGACCACAUAAGACAACUUACCACUGAAAACAUCGCUUCAAUCAUUCAGAAUACACAUGAGGAUUUCCUGAAUCUAAUGUUUGUCAUGACAGAGGAUGACAUCAAGGACAACGCUGAUAAUCGAUAUGAAUGGUUUGGCAUUGUUAUUCCUGAUGAUCUUUUACAUCAAUAUGUGCAAAGGUGGUUUGAAGUAACGAAGGAAACAAGUGUAUUAAAAAAGACCAUAGAAGAUGGAAGGUCUGUUACAUAUUAUACCACAAGCAAUGGAUUGGAAAUAUUAUUAAAUAGAAGUAGACCAUGGCAAAAUUUUAAAUUUCGUAGUGCCCUACGAACUUAUUUGAACCAGUUAAGCAUAGAAACAGUCACUUUUCUUAUUGAGCGUAGAGAUGAUUUUUUUGUCAAUAUAAUGUUUGUCAUGACAGAAGAUGAAAUAAAAGACAACUCUAAGAAUCGAUGGGAACAAGUUGGUAUCGUUAUUCCCGAAGACCUACUACAAAUAUACAUUGGUAAUUGGUUUGAACGUUUGAUUCAAACCAGUGAGUUCAACAGAUUCAUAGACCGAAACAGACCUUUAAAGAAUUUUGCUUUCCGUACUGCCUUGGGAAAAUUUAUGAGACAAAUAAACUCAGACAAAAUCGCUUUAAUCAUUAGGAAUGCAAAGGAUAAUUUUAUCAAUAAUAUGUUUGUCAUGACAGAAGAGGAAAUACAAGAAAACUCUGCUGAUCGAUAUUACUGUUUUGGUAUUGUUAUUCCUGAUAAUCUGUUAGAUGACUAUAUCAAAAGAUGGGUUAAUUCCUUACUCAGAACCAAUGUACUAGAAAAAUUCAUAGAUCAAAGUAGACCACUGAAAAAUGAAACAUUUCGGAAAGCGUUAAGUAACUUCUUGAGACAACUAAGCGCAAAAAACAUUGUUUCAAUAAUUACGAAUGCAAAAGAUAAUUUUGUCAAUCAGAUGUUUGUUAUGGCAGAGGAGGACAUCAGAGACAACGAAAAGAACCAGUAUAAAAAUUUUGGAAUUGUAAUUCCCGAUGACAUGUUACAACAAUACAUUGAGAGGUGGUUUGAUGAUUUGACAAAAUCGAAGUGUGUGGAGGCCACCUUGAAUAAGAAUAGAUCAUUGACAAAUGUUAAUUUUCGUAACGCUGUUCGUUCACACAUGUGUCAGAUAACUGAAGAUAACGUCGCUUCAAUCAUUCAAACUACAACAGUUACUGCUGAUUUUGUCAAUGUAAUGUUUAUUCUGACAGACGAGGAGAUAAAGGAGAACUCUGAGAACCGAUAUGAAUGUUAUGGUAUUAUCAUUCCUGAAGGUUUGUUACAGGAUUAUAUUCAGAGGUGGUUUGGUGAUUUAACCAAAGCGCAUUCGGUAGUGGACGUGAUUGAUAAAAAUAGACCAUUAGUAAAUGAUACUUUUCGUAGUGCUAUACGAGCCCACAUGAGACAACUAACUACAGAAUAUAUCGCUUCAAUCAUUCAGACAACAAAUGAGAAUUUCCUGAAUUCAAUGUUUGUAAUGGCAGAGGAUGACAUCAAAGAAAACGCUAAACACGGACAUGUUUGUUUUGGCAUUGUAAUUCCAGAUGACCUAUUACAGCAGUACAUCGAGAAGUGGUUUAAUGAUUUAACGAAGACCAAAUCGGUGAAGGAAUUUAUGGAUAAUUGUAGGCCUUUAAACAACGGACUAUUCCGUACAAGUUUGCGUAGCUACACAAAAGAACUAAACAUAACAGAAAUCAGUUCACUCAUUCAGACUGGAAGUAGUGAUUUCCUUAACACGCUUUUUGUCAUGACAGAGGAUGACAUAAAAGAAAACACUGAAAAUCAAAUCGAUUGUUUCGGUAUAGUAGUUCAUGAUGAUAUUUUACAGCAAUACAUCGAGAGAUGGCUUCUUCAUUUGUCUGAGAGAUCUGAGACAAACAGGUACAUAAAUGAAAAUAGACUUUUAAUUAAUGUUACCUUUUUUACUGGAUUGCAAACUUUCAUAAGACACUUAAACACAGGACAGAUCACCUUUUUCAUUCAGACAGGAAGCAAUGAUUUUCUUAAUAGAAUGUUUGUUAUGACAGAGGGGGAUAUUAAAGGCAACAGUAAGAAUCGAUAUGAAUGUUUUGGUAUCGUGAUUCCUGAUGAUGUAUUUCUAUUACAGCAAUAUAUUGCGAGAUGGUUUCAUAGCGUGACUGAAUCCAAUUCGGUGACAGAAUAUAUGAAGGUUAAUCGGCCUCUGUUGAAUGGUACUUUCCGGACUGCGUUGUGUAGCCACAUGAGACAACUAGACAAUGAAGUAAUUAGAACCCUUAUUCAGACCGGGACUAGUGACUUCCUCAAUACAAUGUUUGUCCUGUCAGAGAAUGACAUAGCCAUUGACAAUGGUGAAUAUCGGGUUGAAUGUUUUGGUAUUGUUAUUCCUGAUGAGAUGUUACAGCAAUACAUGGAUAGAUGGUUGGAUUGCAUGACAAAGGCUGACUCCGUGAUAGAAUUCGUAGGUGUUAAUAGGUCUUCUAUGGGAGUUAUAUUGCAAGCCGAAUGGGAAGCAUAUAUGAGCCAGAUGGAUUCAGACAAAUAAUCUCUGCGUCU